AACAAAUGACUCAACUAUUUCGUAAAUUGAGAUAGAACUAGAGAAUAUCCAGAUGUAAUCAGAGGUGGAAUGAAUUCCAUGUACACCAUAUCACCAGAAUAAAAUAAAAUUAUAAAAAAGUUGAAUUAAAACAACUGAUACAGAGUGAAAUAAUAAAAACAAUAGGGAUGAUGAAAGCUCUUCAUGGUAUUCUAAUAUGCUGUGUUUUAUGGGUACCUUCAAUAGAUGGGCAACUGACUAUUCAGAGGGUGAACUUUACUGCUGGAGAGGAUGAAAUAAAGAACACAGAGAGAACUGAAACAGGAAUACCUACAUCAGUUACAGAUACAACCACUCUGGAACCUGAAGUGGAAGGGCCGACAAUCUUAGGGAUCACACUGAAGGGAUGUACGCAAAAAUGUACGACAUUUGAUUUGAAGAAUAACUGCAAAUUACCAAGGUCAGAACAAUCAAAAACCCGUGGAUGCUUUUGUGAUGCGUACUGUAUUCAAUACGGGGACUGUUGCUACAAUUAUGAAGAAAUAUGCAUCAUGCAUGUUCCUACAACUGCAGGUGAAACGCCCGAAGAGCCCAGAGAGGAGCCAAUUGAAAUUCAACCAUUCAUAGGGUUUUCAGAUCCAGUUGACAAUGGCAACAACAAUGAAUUUGAAAAUAACAUCAAGACCAGAACUGGUAAAUUGACUAACUUGGUAAAGUGCGUAAAUGUUAAAUGGAGGGGUUCAUAUGAGAAACUAAUUUCUCCAAACAUUUAUGUAAUAUCUCACUGUCUUGGUGACCAUCCUUUGAAAGACGAUUGUGAGAAUGAUAACAAAACAGAUAUAAGCCAUAGGAUUUUAGUCUCAAACAGUGAAAAAACUCAGGUGUAUAAGAACAUGUUUUGUGCACAGUGUAAUGACUUGGAAAUUGCAGAAACAAACAUCUGGCAGCCACAUUUCAAAUGUAAGGAAAAUGUAGAAGCCAAACUGGAUGAACUAAUGAAAGAAAGAAGAGUUGUGGAAUAUUUCAAUGUUCUUUCUGAUAAUUGCACAACAGAAUAUGAUCCAAUAGACCUUGAUGCAUUAGAGCAAAAUCUAUGUACAGAAGAUGUUGAAGAUUCAUGUAGUGCAGAUAUAAUUCAAACAGGGAAUUAUACAGUAAGACAAUAUGAGACACUGGAGCAUGUAUGCAGAAAUUAUAGGUCAGAUGUCAAGAGAAAAAUCUCUUUUGAAAUGAGAGUUUACAAAAAUGAACACUGUGCUUUGUGCAAUGGUGAACUGCUAUCUGAGUUAAACUGUAAGAGCACGGAAGAAUUUGCCAACAAUAAAGACGGACCGGGGAUGGACCUUGCGAAGUUUACAAGUUUUGCGCUUCUUAUCGACUUUAGCAGUGGAGGAAUGCGAGUGAUGACUGAUGAUAAAAAUGUCAUUCAUGUUGAAUGUCUUGAUGAACUGAAAUAUCAACCAGAUUCCACAGAUUGCCUGAACUACACCAAUAAUGAGACAACACAGGGGAAUUUCACCAAAAAUGAAACGAUGUCUGGAGACACACAAAAUAUUCUCAUGCUAGUUGAACAGUACUUAACAGUGAUAGGAACAAGCUUGUCAAUAAUUGCUCUGUUCAUCACUAUAUGUGUAUAUAUUGCUCUACCAGGUCUAAGAAACAUCCCGGGAUUGUGCACAAUGAACCUUUCCAUUGGUUUAUUAAUUGCCCAGUUGUUGUUUCUCAUUAGUCCAUAUGGUGUUGAGAUUGCCAGUCUUUGUAAGGCUCUGGCUGCCAUUCAGCAUUAUGCUUGGUUGGCAGCUUUUUCCUGGAUGAGCACUAUGGCCUUCAUUGUUUGUCGGACAUUCAGCACUAUGAGCAGAGUGGGAGCACCAGGUCAGGUCAAGUUUGCCCCAUAUCUCAUAUACAACUGGGGGAUACCUGUGCUUGGGGUGUGCAUUUGUCUUGUAAUUGAUUUAGUCACUGAGUUAGAGUUUCACUAUGGAGGAACUUUCGCUUGUUGGAUUGUUGGGGACAGGGCACUAAUAUACUCAUUUGCUAUCCCAAUUGGUUGUGUCCUUGUAGCUAAUAUAAUCCAGUUUGCAAUCACUGUAUAUCAUAUACAAAAGGCAGCCAACGUGGCUAAACAAGCUACAUCUUCAAAUGGUGACAAGGCAAGAUUUCUGGCUUAUGUAAAGUUAACAUCCAUUAUGGGGUUCACAUGGAUCUUUGGAUUCUUGGGCAGUUUCCUCAAGUCUCAGGUCCUCUUUAUUCUAUUCAUUGUGUGUAACACUCUUCAAGGGGUCUUCAUCUUAUUCUCCUUCAUUUUAUCAAGCAGAACUAAGAAAUUGUGCAUGAAGAGACUGAACAAUGAGUCUGCUUCUGUGGUAACCAGGUCAAGUGACUAUGAGAAAUCAAGUACAAAACUAUAGUCUAAUGAAACGAAUCUCUAAUGAUGCUUGAGUAUUGCGACAUAACAAAUAUUGUAACUAAUUUUAAAUUCUAAAUUAUUGUUAAAAAUGUAUGUAAAUAUAUAAUAUAUUUCAAUGAAAAACUCACAUUGUGGUGAAAUUUUGAUUAAAAAAUGUGCAAUAAUAAAAACCUUUUGGCAAUGAUGAAUGUUAUUAUAUGUGCAUGUUUCUAAUA